AUGGGGUCCCAGGUGCUCCAGAACUUUCACAUGGACUGUGAAGUUGCCAUCAAUGACCUAGUGAAUAUGGAGCUAUGUGCCAACUAUGUCUACCUUUCAGGGGCCUACUUCUUUGACAGGGAUGAUGUGGCUUUAUACCACUUCAAAACAUUCUCAAAAAAUCAAUCUGAUGAGAAGCUGAAACAUGCUCAAAAAUUCCUGAAAUACUUAAAUAAGAGAGGAGGCCAUAUUGUCCUACGGGACAUAAAGAAACCAGAGCGUGAUGACUGGAGAAAUAGCCUAGAAGUCCUAGAAAUAGUCAUGCAGAUGGAAAAGAAAAUAAAUCAGGCCCUACUAAACCUGCACAAUCUGGCAAUGGAAAAACGUGACCCACAUCUUUGUGACUUCCUGGAGCGGGAGUAUCUAGAUGAGCAGGUGACAAUUAUCAAGUGUCUUGGAGACUAUAUCACCAACCUGAGGAAGCUGGGAGUUCCUGAGAGUGGCCUUGGGGAAUAUCUCUUUGACAAGCUCACCCUGGGGGACAGUUGCUAAAAUCUCUAUAUUCUAGAACAAGUCUAUUCUUGCUGACAUCCCACUAAGAUAAAUGUCCUGAAGGAAAAUAACUUCUUUUGUGCUUGUAAAUAAA